AAUCUCCCAUAGGACAAACUGCCCUAAGCAGUCCCGGCAACUCAGCCCAGCUGGGUGUUAUCUUAUGGGAAUGUCAGCUCAGGCUCCCAAAUCUGUUCUUUCAAGAAAAAAUAAACCCAAAUAACUCUAGUUUUAUUUGAAAUUUCCAAAUUUUUAAGAACUUACAACUAACUUAAAAAUACUCAAUGAGCGAGCAUUGUGCAGGCCCCCAGCAAGUCUCAGGGCCAGAGACAACUCUCAGGACAACUACAGAGGUCACCAUACACCUUGAAAAUGCACAGCCCUUUGCACUGCCCCAUGGGGGCUGUGGGCCAAGUCUCCACCUUAUCGUCCGCCUCUGAGGUCCUUUUGAUAUCCCGCCACCGUGUAGGAAGAGCAGGUGUGAGAGAGAGGCCUUUCCUUCUGCUUGCACAAGGAAGUUAGGAAGAAACAAAGAAGUCCUGUAAUGUAGUUGGUGAGAACCAAGCAGGGCCUUGAGUGGAGUCAGGUUAAGGGCAGGGGCAUGGGGAGAGGAACAAGGAGCCCACAGAGGGAGGUGGGCCAGAGGGGACUGCAUUGCUUCCACGAUCCGGAGGAGCUGAGAGACAGAGACUCCCACGAGAAGAAAAGUAAGCUAUUCAGAGGCCUGGUGGCAAGACCUGCAAACAAAUUCCCUGGGCCAGCUAGUGAGGGGCCCCAGAUGCCAAACAAGGGCAGCAAGGCUACGAUGGGCACAGAAGACAUACCCAAAGGCAAAGCAAGCCCAGAUCCUCAGAACUCCAGGACACGUGUGUUCCAGAGCAUCAAGUUCUUCGUCCUAUGCCACAGCCUGCUGCAGCUGGCACAGCUCAUGAUCUCUGGGUACCUCAAGAGUUCCAUCUCCACCGUGGAAAAGCGCUUCGGCCUCUCCAGCCAGACCUCGGGGCUACUGGCUGCCUUCAAUGAGGUGGGUAACACAGCAUUGAUUGUGUUUGUGAGCUAUUUCGGCAGCCGAGUGCACCGGCCCCGCAUGAUUGGCUAUGGGGCUGUCCUGGUGGCCCUGGCAGGGCUACUCAUGAGUCUCCCGCACUUCAUCUCGGAGCGAUACCACUAUGACCACACCAGCUCUGAGGAUAUGUCACAGGACUUCAAGGCUUCCCUGUGUCUGCCUACAACCUCGGCCCCAGCCCCUGACUCCUCCAAUGGCAGCUGCUCCAGCUACACAGAGGUCCGGCAUGCGACCGUGGUGGGAGUCAUGUUCGUGGCACAGACUCUACUCGGUGUGGGUGUGGUGCCCAUUCAGCCCUUCGGUAUCUCCUACAUUGACGACUUUGCCCAUCACAGCAACUCACCCCUCUACCUCGGGAUCCUGUUUGCUGUGACCAUGAUGGGGCCAGGUAUGGCCUACGGGCUGGGCAGCCUCAUGUUACGCCUCUAUGUGGACAUAGACCGGAUGCCAGAAGGUGGUGUCAGCCUGACCCCAAAGGACCCCCGGUGGGUGGGUGCCUGGUGGCUGGGCUUCCUCAUCUCUGCUGGCAUGGUGGCACUGGCUGCCAGCCCCUACUUCUUCUUCCCCAGGGAGAUGCCCAAGGAGAAGCAUGAGCUUCACUUCUGGCGAAAGGCACUGGCAGACACAGCCUCACCUGUCAGCAAGGGUGAGGACUCUCACUCUGAACAGAGCCCUGGGGAGUCCUCAAAGAAGCAAGGUGACCCAUCCCAGAUGGCACCAGACCUGACUGUGAUUCAAUUCAUCAAAGUCUUCCCCAGGGUGCUGCUGCAGACCCUGCGCCAUCCCAUCUUCCUUCUGGUGGUCCUGUCUCAGUUGUGCAUGUCAUCUAUGGUGGCAGGCAUGGCCACCUUCCUGCCUAAGUUCCUGGAGCGCCAGUUCUCCGUCACAGCCUCCUUCGCCAACAUGCUGAUCGGAGGGCUCACCAUCCCCACGGCCAUUGUGGGCAUCGUGGUGGGGAGCGUCCUCGUCAAGCGCCUCCACCUGGGUCCCAUGCGCUGCGGAGCCCUUUGUGUGCUGGGGUCGCUGCUCGCUCUGGUGGUCAGCCUGCCUCUCUUCUUCCUUGGCUGCUCAAGCCACCGGAUCGCAGGCAUAACUCCACAGCCUGGCAGCACCCAGCCCAGUGCAGAGCUAUUUCCAGGCUGCAUGGCACCCUGCUCCUGCCCAGUCGAUGGCUUUAACCCCGUCUGCGACCCUGGUGCCCUUGUGGAGUACAUCACGCCCUGCCAUGCUGGCUGCACAGCCCAGGUGGUCCAGGAGGAUCUGGAUAAUAGCAAGGUUUUCUAUAGCAACUGCAGCUGUGUGGCUGGGGGAGGCCCAGUGCCCGCUGGUUCCUGUGACUCAGCCUGCAGCCACCUGGUGCUGCCCUUCAUCCUCCUGGUCAGCCUGGCAGCAGCACUGGCCAGUGUCACCCACACACCCGGCUUUAUGCUCAUCCUAAGGGGUGUGAAGAAAGAAGAUAAGACUUUGGCUGUGGGCAUCCAGUUCAUGCUCCUGAGAGUUUUGGCCUGGAUGCCAAGCCCAGUGAUCCAUGGCAGCGCCAUUGAUACCACCUGUGUGCACUGGGCCUUGAGCUGUGGGCAUCGAGCCGUCUGCCGCUACUAUGACCUUGACCUGCUCCGAAACCGGUUCGUUGGUCUCCAGUUCUUCUUCAAAACUGGCUCACUGGUAUGCUUUGCAUUGGUUUUGACUGUCCUGAGGCAGCAGAACAAAGAGGAGGAGACCAAGGCAGCUGCAUCUAGCCCUGGCCUACAGCAACCACUAAUGUCAAGGCCAGAAAAGAAGCCAAAGGAUUCCAGUGUGUGAGCUGUCCUGGGACCCACCCUGGCCGAGAGUGGCAGCCAGAGUGGUACCUCCUCAGUGUCACUUGUCCAAGAUUGAGUGUAAAGAACACUGUGUCCCAGCUUUGGCUCCAAGCUACUGGCUCUCUCUGGGCCUUUGCUUUCCCAUCGGAACCAAGGACUUAUUUGGGUAUUUGUCAUAGUGGUCACUUCUGAAAUAAGAGGGUCUUCCUGAGUCCUCCCCUAACAUCCAGCUGACCCCAAAUCCAGCUUUCCUGACUUGGCCGGCUGUAUAUCUUCACCUGGGGCCCUAGGAUAGGGAAAUUGACCAGAGUAGACCAGGCUCCCCUCCACACAGCCCUGCGCUGUCUCUCACCUGGAGCUUCCUCCCUGGGCAUCAGUCCCCUCCUCUAUCGGUGGGAAUGGACUGGCCAGCUUUCAAGAUCCUUCAUCUGUGACCAUCUGUGUGGUCAGGAGACACAGGUCUCCUCCCCAACCCUCAAGAACUGUCCCUUUGGCGCCCUCUGGAGGCUGAGCCCAAAGUUGGUUUUUAAGGGGAGUCCCACAAGGAAGCAAGUCUCCUGCUCCAGGACCUCCCAGUUUGGCAAAACUCAGGGAUGGGAAGGUUGGCAUGGAGCCUUGCCCACUCAGACUCAGGAAGUCCCUGUUCAAGGAGCCACAGUUUGGGGGUGAGCCCCAGCCCCUGCCUUAGAGGCCCCGACUGGAAGGGGAGACCGACCCUCACACUUGUGCGUUUUCUAACUUCAGAGACCAGUUGCUAUCUCUGCAUUGUCAAGAUCUCACAUAUUUGACAAGGAGCCAACAAAGUCUCUGACUUUUUUGAAUAGAAUCCUAGCUUCCUCUUUUCUUCUGAAGUGCCUAAGUCCUUGUCAUUGGACCAUAUGAGGCUCAAAUUGGUGGUAGCCUCUGGCUCUCUGGGGCUUGUGGAUUGGUGCAAGCCCAGGCCCAUCGCACUGGGAAUAGUGACACCCAGCUCUGGGCAAUGAGCUGUACUGUAGCAUGCUUGGGUUGGAACUGCCUGAUCCAUUGCUAUAACAGGACUUGUCUUGUUUUCUGCCCAGUUGUUAUCUGUCUUGGUUAUUUCCCAGGGCUAGGAGAGUGUCUCCUGAUUACUCUCAGCCCCAUCUGCUGCCACUUGUACACCUGGCUGGAGCCUGUGUCUUGGGAAAGAGCAUAAUGAGAGCUACUGCUGGUGGCACCCGCAUGCCCAACACUGCUGGGCAGGGGCACUCAUGGCUCUUGGCCUCUGAGCAGCUCCCAGUGCCAGAACUCUGGGGCUUUCCCUUGUGAAAGAUGACAAAGGAGGUAUAGGUCUAAUUCCUAUUUUAUUCUAUUGCUUAACUAUAAAUGCUUGACAAAUAUCUGAGCCUGUAUUUUUCAAUGCCAAGAAUUUCAAAGUCUCCUCCAACAAGAUGAGGCUUCAGUAGGUUUAUAGUCCUUCCCCCCUGUUGCCCAGGUUUUGCAGACAUAAUUUGGAAUUAUAAAUACAGCUUAUUAUUAAAUUUGCUUUUGUAUAAUGUCUCUUCUAUUACAAAACUCCCUUCUUAUAAACUGCAUUAGAGGUUU